CGUCAAUCCUCGCCGGACUUCUCAGCUGUCCGGAAGCGCCAUGCUGCAGACAACCAGCUCGCACAGCUCGUGGAGCAGAUGGCGAGGUCGUGUGGCGUUGCAGGACUUCUGGCGAUCGCCCAACUGGUGCCUGUGGCUGUGUGCGAAGUCUUGUCCGUGCGGACGUCGCCUCCACGGGACCUCGAGGCCUCGCUGGCGAACUGGAACUUGGGCCUCGACGAUGCCGGCGCGCCGCCCUUGGCGGGGCAGCUCCGCGUUUCCGGCUGCGGGAGUCCGGCGGAGGAUCUGAACGGCGCGCUGGCCCUCGUCGAUUCGGCCAGCUGCGAGGACUUGGUAGAGGCCACCCACCGCUUGGCGAAGGCGGGUGCGCUGGGCGCGGUCUUCGUGCACUACGACGAGGGCCUGGCGGGCCUGGCGUUGGGCGACGCGGAGGUGCCCAGCAUCCGUGCGGUGGUCAUCGAACGUUCGCCGGGCCUUGAGCUGCUGUCGCUCUUGGCCUCCCAGGCGGUCGAGGCGGAGCUGAAGCUGGGGAAGUUGAUCUCGGAGGAUGCCUACGAGGAACAGUUCAUCUUCCGCGUGGAUGAGUUUCAUGCGACCCGGAAGGAAAACUUCCUUUGGCACCAAUACCCGAGCUUGUUGCCCAGCAGCGGACGAGAGACCUUGAGUGCCCGGUUGAUGCCGCGGCUCGCGGUGCCUGAGGGCUGGUUCUCUCGGCCCAUGGGCUUUGUGCCUCUCUUCAACCCCUCGUUGCUCUCUCUGCAGGAUGGCACCUUCCUAGUGGCCUUGCGGAUGUCCAAUGGGCAAGGGUGUCCCAGCGUCCGCGCUGCCCGGGAGUCGAGCAUGGACACACGCAUCUGCCGGAAUGAGCUGGUGCUUGCCCAUCUAGGCGAAGAUCUGGCUGUGCGUAGCCACGUCCUGGUCGAGAUGCCCAUGCUGCGUUGCCGCUUCACCGCGGAGUCACAGACGGCCGGUCGGCAGUUCUUGGAUGAGGUCUAUGGCCCCAUGGACGCACGUAUUGCCUGGGGCGACGAGGAAAUUUGGGUCCUCUUCUAUGCCGAGAGGAAUGUCUGCGAAGUGGAGGUGGAACGAGGCAUGCACGCGGCCCCUUUGCACAUUGACUGGGCCACAUGCAACGGUUGGUACCUCUACGCGACAGACGCAGCCUUUCUGCCAUCGCAAUGCAGCUGGUUAGGGAGUGGCGAUCCCAUCUCCCUCGAGAGCUGCCAAAGAUCCUGCGAGGCGCAAAAGGCUUGCACUGCCUUCACCUUCCGAGAAGGUGUUGCCUGCGAGCUCCGUCAAUGCUCCGAGCGCCCGAAGGUCUGGCCACUGGUGGGCUGGCAGUCCUGGCACCGAGGAGGAGAUCAAUGCCUAGAAAGGGCCUUUGUGAAGGCAGAGGAGCUCUUAGCCUUCCCGGCGGCCCACGGUGUGGAAAAGAACUGGAACCUCAUUCUCGGAGAGAAGCUCCGCUUGUUCAUGGAAUAUUUCAUCGAGCCUCACAUCGUGCUCACUGCCUCACUCUGGCGGAACGAUGCAGGAAUUCAUCUCGCCCGCCUGGAGCAGAGCUUCGUUUCGCGGUGGCCUUAUGAGGUCUUGCAUGGCCUCACCAACGUUCGAGGUGGCUUCUGUUGCCUGCGGCUAUCGGACGAGCUACUUCAAAUCCGGACCUCUCAGCGCCGAAUUGGGGGGGAUGAUGAUGAGGAGAAUCUGGAGCUGCCACCAGGGCCGUUGCUCCUGGGUGCUGGGCAUUUGCAGCGAAUCCGUUCCCCCUUCGAUCAGGCGCCGGGAGACCUGUCCCGCUUCCGGCGGCAAGCGAAGAGCCGGACCUACCACCAGUUCUUCUACCUGCUGCGGGCCUCGGAGCCCUUCGACGUGGUGGCCGUGUCCUCGGAGUGGUGCAUUACCAUCAACGGACACUUCUCACAGCAUUGGGCGGAGGUCCUAGCCCCAGGAGAAGAGGCAUGCGAGUCGAUCCAGUUUGUGGCUGGCUUGGCGCUGCGGGGUUCCGAGGUGGUGGUGAGUUACGGCAUCAAUGACUGUGAGUCCGACUUGCUGCCGCUACCUCUUUCGGAGGUCGUGGCGAUGCUGAAGCCUGUGAGGUCCGCAGUGAAUGUCUCACUGGAUGAGUUGGAGAUGAUCUAGAAAGAAUCAAGGGACGGGUAAGUGGAAUAUGGGUUGUUGAUGCUUGUUGGUAACGGCAUGUUUUCUUUUUUACACUUGAAAUGCUUUUGGC